UUUUUUUUUCUCUUUAUUGCCUGUUUUGACAAGAACAACUAAAAGCACAAAGGCAGAAACACACAUUGACAAAUGUUAAGAGCGCGCUGGCCCGUAAUCGGACCUCGCGGCAACAUUAAAAUCUUUCUAGACAGACCAACCUGUCCAACAUUAACGUCCAGUCCGGUGGAUCAGACAGUGAAUGGUAUACUUCACGCAUGUAAGCGGCACUUUCAAUGAGGUACUCUCGUGCGGGCCGAACCUGUGCGUCCGCGUGGUUAACACCCGUCCUCGUCCUCCAAAGACUGUGGAGGCCAAGGAGCAUUAACAUAUCGUAAGGAAUACCGCCUUCAUUAUCUACAGAUAGAAACCGUAUGCCAUGCGCUGUGAGGGGGAAAUCUUUCUUCAGCGUUCGCUGCAGGAUGUCCCAUAGGAACACCGCAUCCCAACAUUCUAAAAAUACAUGUUCUAUAGUUUCGGGCCUUUUACAAAGGAAACAAUUAAUUGACCAUGGCACAAAAAUUCUUUUCUCUUCAAGCCACGGUUUGACAGGUGGCACGCCGCAAUGCAAUUGAAAGAAAAACGACUUAAGAGAAGGUUUUACCGGCAUUCUUUUCACCCUGUUUAAAACAUCCUGCCCUGCGCCCUCACAGUACAAAGAUCGGUAAAGAGGUACGGGUAAAAGAACAUCGACUAAAUCUCUAUACAGCCUUUUGCGACUAACUGAACUCAGGUAUUCUAAGGAGAACCGAACUUUAAGCAUCCGAAAUGCCAUCACAACUUCCCGCGUGAACCCCUGAACGCUCGCGCUUAUUUGGUCGCUAGAAGAUACUACAAAUUCAGGCAGGAAGCUUUGCAAAUGCACAUUAAUAAAAGUUCUCAAGAAUACAUCUCUCUGAUCGCGUAAAAACAAAAACCUGGAAACUAUUUGACGUAUAAACAAGUGAGACAGUCCAAGACCUCCACUACGAACUGAUCGAAACAAGUUGGUACGGGAACAACGCUCCCAACCUGAAUUCCAAAUAAAAACAGCGAAAACCCUGUGCAGCUUCUGCACAUUGAGGCGUGACAUAGACAAAACUUGCAAAAUAUACCAUAUUUUCGCGAUUAAAAAUAAAUUGCAGACUGUUGCGCGCGCAAACAUUGAAAACUCGCGACCUUUCCAACCCUCUGUUUUCGCCCUUACCCUAUCAGUCUCCUCAUUCCACAGUUGCUUAGUGUCUCGGUAGUGCUGAAGUGGCACACCGAGAUACUUCACGGGCAAGGUUGUCCACUGUACGUUCAGAAAAACUUUAGGCGUGGUGGCCCAGUUACCAUGCCAGAAACCCGCGCAUUUUCCCCAGUUGAUUCUACUCGCUGUUUUCUUACAAAAGGAAGAUGCUAUACUAGCCACUUUACGCAGACUGUCAUGAUCACUACAAAAAACAGCAACGUCAUCCGCGUAGGAAAGGACCUUUACUUCAGAAGAUUGUAAUCUAAAACCUCGUAUAUUGUCAUUAUGAAUUAUUCUUAAACAAAAGGGUUCUAAGUAAAUCGCGAAUAGCAAAGGGGACAGAGGACAACCUUGCCUAACAGAAGACUGGACGUGGAUACUUUCACUAACGCUUCUAUUAACAAUAAUUGACGUGGUACAGUCGGCGUAAGCCAUCUUUAUACCACACAAAAGAACAGAACCAACAUUAACAUGUUCCAAAAUACGAAAAAGAAUAUCAUGUGCAACCCUGUCAAACGCCUUCUCUAAGUCUAGCUGCAGCAUGGCAACUCGGCCAGCGAAGGCGUCACAACAUUCUAGUAUGCUUCGAGCCACGUGAAUAUUUGUACAAAUGCUCCGACCUUUUAUACCGCACGUCUGAUGUGGGCCGUCCAGAUAUGUAAUGACAUUUUGCAAACGACAAGCUAAGACUUUCAUAUAAAUUUUAUAGUCUACGUUAGUAAGACUUAUUGGUCUGUAAGAGGACACGGAUAACAGUUUCACAGGGUCAUCGGAUUUAGGGAUAAGAACGAUAUGUGAUUUUGAAAAAGAUGGCGGUAACACGUUUCUUUGAUAGGCCUCGGUCAACACCUCAUGCAAAGCUUCUGCGGCCUCCCUCUUAAAUGCUUUAUAAAAUUCCGCACUAAGGCCAUCCGGCCCGGGCGUUUUGCUAGCACUUAAUUCCUCGAUCGCAACUGUAAGCUCGCGAACACUAAUCGGCUCUUCCAGCCGUUCUCGAACGUGCUCUUCAAGCCUGGGCAUGAGCGACAAGAAUUCAUUUUCAAACCCGUCCUCUUCUGGAACGCUUUUUCUAAGCAGAACCCGAUAAAAUUCAACAAAGGCCCCCUCAAUCGCUUUCUUAUCGCGGAUUAUCGAGUUACGGACACACAACUCGGUUAUCUCCUUGCGCUGUGCAUACCGCUUCUCGUCGCUCAUCGUGCGCUGCGUCGGUCUUUCGCCCUGCCACAGCUUUUCAGACCGCGAACGCACAAUAGCCCCCCUGUAUCUUUCGCAGUCGAUAACUUCGAGUUGAUUCUUCACUUGUCUUAUCUCUUGCCCAAACUCGCCCGGCUUCGCACUUUCUUCUAGUAAAAAGGUGCUUAACUGACUACGCAGCGUUUUUUCUUUCUGCUUUCGCUGAAAAUUAAGAAUACUGCUUCUUUCUAUGGCCUCAAGUUUCACCUCCUCUUUAAAAAGUUCCCAUCGCUCACCCCACAUGGUCGCCUCAUUUUCAUGCAACUUCCUAAAUAAUUCUUUUACUUGAACGGUAAAAACUUCAUCCUUCACAAGACAGCUAUUCAUUUUCCAGAGCGACCAGUUCCAAUUUGGCUGCUUAACUUUUUUACCAAUCGUGAACAUUACUAACAAAUGAUCGCUAAAAGAGACGGGUUGAACAAUAUAAUGGGCACAUAGCGGGACAAGAUCGAGUGACUCAUAGGCCCUAUCGAGACGCGCAUGGCUCGAGCCCUGAAAAUGGGUAAAAUGAACACCGUUACUAGAGGAUACAGAAGCCACGUCCUCCAACGAAUUGUUCGUGACAAUGUCAGUUAAAUAAAAGGCACUCUGGUCGCGAACACGUGUCAAAUUCACCCGAUCUUGGGGCGCACAAACACAAUUAAAAUCUCCAAGAAAAAUUACAAAUCGCUCACAAUUAAGGUACUCGCUCAGACCUUCAAAAAAGACCCUGCGCUCGCACUCACGAUUGGGCGCAUAAACACAAAUAACGCGCCAUUGCAUAUUUGAAAAAGAAAAAUCGCAUAUUACAAAACGGCCAUACGCGCAGGAAAUCACGGCGGUCUCAACAAACCCUAGAGACUUCCGAAGAAACAAACAACAACCCCCCGACGUUCCCAUAGCGUGCGAAACGCAGACAUUAAAAAGAGUUCGAAAAGGCUGCACCAUACGGUCUGUCUGCUCUUGACUCUCAACCUUUGUUUCCUGAACGGCAAUGAUAUCCAACUCGUUCUCGGCAAACAGUCGGCUCAGUUGGUACUGCCGACGCCUCGCAGCGAGCCCGCGGACGUUAAUCGUGGCGACACGAAAAGGGGCGUCUAAUAUCACCGCCAUUCAGGAAAGGGAGAAAAGACAGACCGCAUGGUGCUUACCUCGGAACAACCUGCCGCGUCGGCGCGGUGCAGGUGUCUGUCCUUUGAAGUCGCUGACUCCGUGGCUCUCGGCGAACUGCAGCGCACACACUCACGGCGGAGGCUUGGCUGCCCUCCUGUCCUCCUCCGGAAUGUUCGGCCGAACAGGCGCAUGUCGCCUCCACAGGGGCACCGUCUUGGCAGGCGGCUCUUCCUUGGUCGCUGCCGCUGGGUCAGCACCGUCGACGUCCCGAGUCCGCUUUGUGGCGAGCUCCGGUGUCACGGCCGUCUCCAUGGGCGCGUCGCCUGGUUGUUCAGGGAGGGCGUCGUCGCACAUGUCGGCUGCUCCGACUCCCGGCCUCGGCGCCUCAACGGACGGAACGUCCGGAGACUUGGCCUGGCUCGCCGUCCCAGCACAGGGUGCCACGUUGACCGCGGACGUGGCCGUGUGGCCCUCGGGUGCCGCCGCUGCUCUCUGCGAUGGCGCCGCCCCGGUGUCCGGACCCGCGACGGUCUCCUCGGCGUCGGCCUCGUCCAUGAGAAGCUCGGAUUUCUCCUCGCCUCCCACAGGACCCACGGCCGCCGCGCAGAGCGGCGCCCUGCCCGGCACGACGACGAGGGCGAGCUCACCGGCGACGCGCAGCUGGUGCGGGAUGUCGUCGGGAGUCACGCCCCCCUUCAGGCGCAGCACCGCCGUCCGCGUCAUGGUGCUGACGCUGUGGCAGCCGUCGAUGUGCCACCGCUCCCUGGAGACGUCCAGGACCUUGCCGUAAGGCGCCAAGGCUGCCCUCACGUCGUCGUCGCCAACGUUAAAAAGCAGCCAAUGGAGCUUGAGGCGCACGUCCCGGUUUCCCGGGUCUACAACGAUGCACCUCCGCCCCUUGACGGUGAGCUCCGGUGUAGCCAGCAGUUUCUUGGCACCCUCGAGGGACUUGAACGUGACGGCCCAGACAUGAUUCAUCUGGUACGCCCCGAGGGCUACGACCUCGGGGAGUAAACUCAGGCUUGCCAAAGCGUCCCGAAAUUCUUCCGCACGGUACGGGCGGCCCUUGACAUCAGCGUGUAAAAAUACUGUGUUCAACACAAGUGAUCCUGUUGGCA